AUGUCUCAGAAACUAAACCUAGGAGACCUGAUUGAGAUUGACCGACGUGGUUACCAACAUUGGGCUAUCUAUGUAGGUGAUGGAUAUGUGGUGCACCUGGUUUCAGCUGAUGGGAGUCGCCCAAAUACAUCAUUUUCUCUGUCUGCCAGUACAAAAAAGGCACUGGUGAAGAAACAACGGCUUUCAGAAGUGACAGAGGGAAACAAGUGGAGAGUCAAAAAUAAGCAUGACAAUAAAUAUAGUCCCAAAUCCAGGCAGGAAAUAGUUCAAAGUGCACUCCAAAUGGUUGGAAAAAAGAUCGACUACAAUGUAGUCACAAUGAACUUUGAGCAUUUUGCCAACAAUCUACGUUAUGGGCGGUACGAAUGUGACCAGGUCAUCAGAGGAGCUGGAAUUCUCGGGGCAGUUGGAACUGUUUUAGCAGCCACUGCAGCAUUUGGUUUUGGGGUGAUGAGAUCACUUGGCCGUCAGUAAGAUAGGUUUUCAGGAUGGACAAACUCUCUUGGAUGAUAAAAGACAACUCCUGGGAAAUAACAGAAGAAUGGGGGAAAGUAUUAGAAUUUAUAAAGAAG